AUGUCAAAGCAAGUAAUGACGGGCAUGCGGGAUGAGAGCAAGUUGUGUCCAUUACCUCCACUACUUCAUCCUGAGCAAUCUAUGAACUAUGUCAACCCGGCAACAGCGUAUGGGACCUAUCAACGCAUGGCUGAAGUCCGAUCGCUGGACAGUAUUACGUCAGGUGGCUCCAAUGGCACCAAAUAUGGGUGUUAUUUUGACCCUGGAGCAAAGAGUGGCCGAGUAUUAGUGAUGGUCUUCGACAGAAAGGGAAGACCAACAUUAAAAGAGAUGAGUCGUCACGAUGUUCUGUGCAUGACGCAAGACGCUGCAAAGCCAAAGGAGACUCUACGUGAAGGGAGCGUUUCGCCGGACUCAAAAGCAAUGUCACCAUUAAUUCGGAGCGCAACUUUUGGAAAAAGCCGAAAUUUCGGUCAGCAACAUCGUUCACUAAGUCAGCAGGAAUUGCACGCAGUAAGUGUUCAGCGCGUUCACUCCCGUGAUAUUCGCAAGAUGGAAAAUGCGUUUUCAGUGACAAAUGAACCUCGCGUUAUCAUUCGAAGACAAGCAAUAUUAAUAAGUGCUGAUCCGCUGCGUGCUAUCGUAAUGCGUAAUCAGUGCCUCGUAUAUAUUCCAGACGGAGCAGAUAUCCUUUUGUCCAUCUUGAAAGCAAAGUUUGCUGAAACCGCACCGGAAAAUGAUGCUCCAUUUGAAUUUAGAGCUCUGGAAGCACUCCUGGCGACUCUAUCAUGUUACUUUCAGUCCCAGUACGAGCACUUAUCUCCCGUUGGAGUUGCAGCUUUAAACAGUUUAGUACAAGGCGGCCUGAAAUCCCAAGAGCUUGAGAAACUGCGGGAAUUCAAAAAUACUGUAAACGAAUUUGAGGCUCAAGUGGAUGGAGUGCGUCGCGCUUUGAUGGUACUUUUAGAUAAUGAAGAGGAUCUUCGUCUAUUAUAUCUCACGAGGCUGUACGAUGAGCCUAAUCUGCUCGCGGAUCUUCGGGGCAUCGACUCGGAAGAAAUUGAAGUGCUGAUUGAAAAUUAUCUGCAAGACAUCUUCUCUACUCGCACCAAGGCCAAUCUGUUGCAACACCGCAUUUUGAAUACGGAAAGCUUUGUCAUGAUGCAGCUCGACUCCAUGCGAAACUACUUACUUGGUGUAGACCUCAUCUUUUCCAUUAUAGUUAUCAGUUGUUCCUUCGGUACAUUUGUUGCCGGCGUCUUUGGCAUGAAUUUGCAUUCUGGAUAUGAAACUGCUGGUGGAUGGUUCUGGGGUGUUGCUCUAUUUACUGUGCUGCUCUUCCUCGGCACAUUUGUUGUGGGUGUUUUGUACUUUAAAAGCAAAGGCGUCCUACUCUAUCUUAAUAUUGCAAUGGCGCGGCGCGUCAAAAGCUCCGACACAACAAACUCCACGUCGCUUGCUGCUCUCGUCUCUUCUAACUUAACAUUUAAUGGUUCAGAUGAUGAUUUUGAGCGCGCUCUUAAUUCGUACGAUGUGCCAGUCAUAGCUGAGGCAUUGUAUCGAUACCUGGCAGCUGAGACGCAGGCAAGUAUGUCAACCGGUUCAGCGGUCAAGCAGCAGUCAGCACAUCUGCGUAGCAUCUUCUACGAGCGCUUUAACCGUCUUCUGGAUCGCAUAUUUGGUCUUGACGCCAUUUCCAAGCAAAAAGACGGUGGAUGGCUCGACUACAGCGCCGGGCUGGGCUCAAGGCCGGUUCCAGAAGGAUCUACCGCAGCGCUCGCGGCUAAAGUACGCGCUGAAGAGAAAGCAAAGCGCAUGGCAGCGGGUGUCUCCUCGGAUGAAGACAACAUUGACGAUUUUGUAGUCAGUUUGAGUAGCAAUGGGCGUGCCAUUAUUAAACUACUGGGAGGCGGCGUGCGUUCUGAGAAUACUUCGGUGUUUCAAUUCCUUUUUCGAGUGCAGCAUCCCGUGGAGUUUAAGCUAGGGUUGGACAUUCUACCGGAGCAGAGCAAACUAAGCAUUUUGAGUGGCCGAGGGGUUAGUUUGCUCUUCACACAAUUGCUACAUAAGCCACUGACCAAGCAGCGUCUGGAUCUUCGCAAUCCGGAGCUCCUCGUGUCCAUUACCGAGCUCUAUCUCUUUUAUUUUUUCCGGCACCCAGCAAGCUCUUCACACCCAAAUGGAUGUACAACAUCAACGAUAUCUGGCACGUUGGAAGCGAGCUCUGACGGUUCAAAGACACCGUCACAUUCUACAGCUGUUAAGACUCGUCAGUCAAGCUGGAGAAUGUUCGAGAAAGAUGGCGUCGCGGCGUUGACUAGAGGUAACCCGUACAAUGUGCUACUACUGCAGUAUUUACGAGCAUUUCUGCCCGACAGCAAUCGCGGUGUUAAAAGCCGAUUUCACGGCAGAUUGCUCAAGAACUCAAGCCUCUUUCUCCACAUUUUGAUCGAGUUUUGGCUUCGACAAAAUCUUGUUUCAUUUUCAGAUGCGCCUCUCGUGGCUACAAGUGCACCUUCUGGUGUCAUCCAUUCACCACCACCGGAUAUUAUGCAAAGCGUUAGCCCUUUUGCAUCAGUGUAUACAACGACAAGUUAUAUGGCACCGUCAGAUGAUUUGUUGAGCUCGUUAUUACUCGCGAUUAUCCACUUACUUGCUGACUCAUUUUUUCCUGCUGCCUUGGCGGAGGACUCAGUAAUCGGGUCUCAGGGGGGCGCUGGGGUGUAUCUCAGUCGUACUGUUACGAUGCUACGGCCUCCACUGUACUCUUUCUUCCGGCUGGUGUUCUCUCGGGCACCCAUUGAUUUCUCCCCGACAGCUUUUCUGGCUAUAACGGAGGUUUGGCUCGCUUAUAUUCAGCCUUGGUAUUGCAGGUCUUGGAUCUAUCCAACAGAGGUGGAGGCAACAGGAAUUAUAACGGACCGAGGCACAAUUUCCGGGUACACAUCUGCGUGGGAAAGCUACGUGCUAGCAAAUUAUCACUUCUACACGACACUAUUAGGCGCGUUUGUGGCGCGCGCAAAAGAUCUCGACUUUUCUUCUGGCAAUGAGCCUAACCUGCAGAUUGUGGAACGAGUCAUGAGGAUAUACAACCCGCAUCUGUUGGCCAUUUUACGCCGUGCGUCGCUUCAUCUCGAAAAGUGUCAGCCUUUUGCUAUCCCCUCAAGCAAUCACACAGGCUUAACACGUUUGCGUAGCGGAAGCUUCGGUUCCUCUUCAAAGUCCAAGUCCUUGAAGGCGUGCGAAGGCCUCACAGCUACUCAAGCGCACGUAUUGACGUUCUACUGCAAGUCUCUUGGUAUCGACCUCACUCCUGUACCACUUCACGAUAGCUUUCAUCGCGAUGCAGAACGUCUUUAUGACAAGCUGUGGGCCACUGGUGUAACAGCGGCCUCAGCAUCCUCUGCCAACUUGUACCAGAAUAUAAGCUUCGUGUUUCGCGCAUCAAGCACUAAAACCGUUGACAGGGUAACUGAGCAGGUUCAAAACAUCAGUCGCUUACUGCGGCGAGUAUUUGAGAUCUCAGAUGCUUAUGUGGCCUCAACAGUUCACUCGUACCCGUCAUCUACGACAGGUACCAGUGCUUUAGAGUCAUUCGCUCCAAGUCGUGACGAAAAGUUACCGCAUUUGCUCUCUCGUGAAGGUAUUUUUCAGCUACAACAUGGAAUGCGUUUGUGCUCGCCGGAAACUGCAGAAUACAUUGGCGACCCAAUGCUCAGCCCCAUUUGUUCUUAUGAGGUGGUUUGGCUCGUGAGGCUUUCUUACAAGGUGUCGACUUGGUUAAACAUGCAGUUUGGACUCGUAAAUCCAUAUCAUGGAAAUAGGUUUGAAGACAAUGUGUCGGUGAAGCCUGGAAGUAAUUUUGUGCGAUUUCACUUCAACUUUCGCUUUCUGGCCAGCAAGUAUUAUCAUAAAUAG